CGCGCGCCCUCCCUUUUCAAAGUGCGCAUGCGCAGGACAUGUUGCAAACAAUGAGACUAUUCCAGACCGUCUUGAGCUUUGUGUCUAAGUUUAUCAGUGGAAAACUAAACGCUCCCUCUCUGCUCUGAGUCUGCGGAGCGAGAUGCUCCUCGGGAGCUGAAGCAUGGAGGCGGUUCUGAGUAGGCUGAGGGGUCUGAGUCCUGCCGAGCUGUCUGAGGAGUUUGGGAGAGCGGACCUGAAGUGCGGCCCCAUCACGCCUACCACCCGGGCUACCUAUGAAAGGAAGUUAGCUCGUGUUCUGGCUGCACAGGCGGGAGCUGGUUCUGAAACGGACAGCAGCUCUUCAUCGCAGGUCACAGACGGCACGGAGGCAGGAAGCACCUCGGCUGCUUCGCUUGAGACCGCUGGAGCCAGCUGCAGUUCCUCGCUAAAAAACGGUGAAGAUUUAGACUUUGGCUACGGCGUGGGUCUGAACCCUCCAGAGGAAGAGGAGAUCUCAGGAAAGUCCAACUUUAAAAGCUCGGGGGACUCGACGACAGAAACGCCUUCAAAGCCAGCACAAGUCUCUCCUACUUCAUUUUAUGGAGUCUGUCCCCUGUGGGAGGAUGUCUUGGUUCGAAGUGAGGGACCACAUGUUUACACGGAUAAGAAAGACGCACUUCAAGCUGUUAAGACGAUGAAGGGAGCGCGUUUCAAAGCGUUUACCAACCGAGAAGAUGCAGAGAAGUUUUCUAAGGGACUCUUUGACUAUUGUCCAUCUCCAAGCAAAUCCACUCUCUGCAUCUCCCCGAUCAAACCUGGACUGCUCGCUGGGAAAGCAGAAAUCCAGGAGGUGGACACCAUUAACAGGGAGCGGGCCAACAAUUAUAAGAGCCCAAGAAGUCAGGAUCUGACUGCCAAGCUACGGAAAGCUGUGGAGAAAGGGGACGAGCAGGCCUUCAGCGAGCUCGUCUGGAACAACCCGCGCUACCUUAUUGGUUCAGGGGAUAAUCCCACCGUUGUCCAGGAGGGCUGCCGGUACAACGUCAUGCAUGUGGCGGCCAAGGAGAACCAGGCAGGGAUCGCUCAGCUAUUGCUGGACACCUUGGAAAACCCAGAGUUCAUGCGCCUCAUGUACCCAGAUGACCAGGAAGCCAUGCUGCAGAAGCGAAUCCGCUAUAUUGUAGAUCUUUACCUCAACACUCCCGAUAAGGCUAGCUUCGAAACGCCGCUCCACUUUGCCUGUAAGUUCGGAUGUCCAGAUGUGGUCAAUGUCCUGUGCUCGCACCCCGAUACCGAUAAGAACUGCAAGAACAGGGAAGGCCUGAAGCCGUCUGACCUAAUUUGUAGCAGGAAAAAUAAAACCGCAGAUGUGAAACAGAGAAUAAGUGACUACCUGGAAGACCGCUGCUUUGUCCCUUUACUGCGGGCGGCCGACAACACCUCUCAGCCCAUCAUUGGCGCUCCCUGGUCACCAGAUUCGUCACACAGCCUUUCGAUGAUCGAGAGACACACAAGAAGCCCCACGGAUCCGUGGAUGACCGUCACGGCCUUUGCUGGCCCACUUAGCCCUUCUAAAGCGGAUGACUUUCGACGAUCCUGGAAAACGCCACCGAGAGACCGAGCAGAACUUUUUCACCACAUUUUUAAAUCCGACCCAGAUAGAGGGGCUGAGAGGGUGGGCAGAGACCUGGCUCAUGAGAUGGGCCAUCCCUGGGCCGAGUACUGGGGCUUCCUGGACUGUUUUGUGGACCUGUCCUCCCCUGAGGGGCUCCGUAAGCUGGAGGAGCACCUGAGCAAGAGGGAUCUGAGUCACAGAGCUCAUGAAGGGGCCGGACCAAAUGGGACCAGCAAUAGGUUCAAAACACCGUCACCAGGUAAGCCCAAAAAAUUCUGCAACUCAGUUUCAGUCGGCGCCUUCCUAGAUGAAGGAGACGACAUCAGCCUGGAGGAGAUGAAGAACCGUCAGAACGCAGCACUGUCCAGUAUCGCCUCCUCUGCCGCAUCCAAAGACGCCCUCAAGGGAGCUGUAGGCGGACGAGAGUUGCACAUCGCUCUGCACCACCGCGGGGCGGACCUGAUCGAGAACGCCGCGGAGCAGGACCUUCUGUGCUGCUGCAGCGAUGGCCUCCUGUCACCUGGAGUCGUCUGCAAAAACAAAGUGUGCUCCUCCUUGAGGGAAAGGACUCACAACGGAGACAGGGUUUCCCCGCGCAGCUCGCCGUCCUCCUCCUGCAGCGCGCUGUCGCCCAUCUCCAACCUGAUGGUGGAGUUUGAGCGCAUGUCGCUCCACGAGCCCACAGACGGUCUGACGGGCUCCCGGGAGAGGAGGAGCAGCGGGAAGAAUCGACAGGACGUCCGGAAAUCGUGCAGCUCCGUCUCGGCCUCAGACCUCAGCUCAGGGCUGAACCGCCUGUCGCUGCGCCAGGAUGGCCGAGAUCCAGAGGAGAGGAGCAGCAGCUCAGACGAAUACGUUACGGCAGAGGAGAGUCCGGAUUCGAUGGGGAGGACUAGAGGGUCACUGCCAGGGGUGCGCAACUUCUGUGCAAGAUCCAAGUCAUGGGACCAUGGAGGCAGGGACCUGAGCAGCUCUGGCUCCUCUGGCUCCUCUUAUAAGUCUCUGGAUAACUCCCAAGAGUUCUUACCCAGGACGCCUCCGCACUAUAGAAGAGGACUUUUCAUAGAGGGGGAUUCCCCCACUAAACUGGACAGCGAGGUCCUGUCUGCGCUGCAGGACGCCGAUAUCGAUCCACAGAAGUAUCCCAGUGUACACAAGUGGAAGUGCACAAUGAAGUCGUACUCUCCUUCGGACAUGCAGAGCUGGCCAAGCCCUGCAGUGAAACCCUGCCUCAGGAUGCAGCCUCAGACCUCCAUGUCCCCCAACAGCGGCUUGAUGUCUCCCACUGGUCGCUUCAGUCCUGUCCGCCCUGCUGCCUCACCAGACUAUAGCCCUAGCCGGUACAGCCCCGCCAACAUUAGCUACAUUCAGCGCCUCCGCUUCAAGCACCUGAGCGAGCCGUUAUUCUAAACUGACCUCUCAUGUGAAUCGCUUCCUCUCCUCCACAAACACAGU